CUUUGGGUAAGGCUUAGUCAGGAUCCUUGCUAACUGAUUCAAAACUGAUGAUUUAAACACUAUUUUUGUUUGCUCUAUGUAAAAAAAAAACACCCCUCCAUCACUGGAUAUCAUACGGUCAUGUUUUGCAGCUUGUGAAAAUACAUUUCCAGUGACACAGUACACAACAGAAUUGGUCAAAUAAUUUUUGAGAUAAUAAGGUUUAAUAUUUUUGUUAUGGUGGCCACCUUGGUGAAGUCAUCACAGCCAGGCAUCCUGCAUGGAAGAGGCACACCAAGGGAAUUCAUCUAGAGAAGUUUUCAAUUUAAAAAAAACAACUCCCAUCCCUAUACUAUCCUCGCUGAGAAUCUUGGGACCAACUGGCUCAGUUUUAUCUUCUUUGACUGGCAGCCGUUCUCCAGGCUUUCAAGAAAAGAACAAGGACAUUUCCUAACUAAACCUGUCCCAUCCCAAGAUACUUCGAACAGCAGGAGAUCAUGCCAGGGAUUGAACCUGGAACAUUCUGCCCCCAGUACAUUGGAGGGUUUUUGCAGUGAGCUAUGGAAGCCUCUGUCGGCUGUAUGAAGAGGUCUUAUCUAGAGUUAAACCCGCCUGGCACCUGAUUGACUUCACUGACCGGCAGCGUUUCAGAGAGAGGAGGAUCUCUUGCCAGCCCUGCUACGAGGAGAUGCUGCCAAGGACUGAUCCACAUGUCCUGACAGGGACAAGGCAAGCGGAGGGUUAAAGGGAGCAAGAGGCGAGUCCUAGAGCUGCCUGGAAGGCAUUGUACUGGAAGAGAACUCCCCACCCGCCACCAGCCCCAACACUGGAGAGGAGACUUGGCUUUUCCUUCUUGCUGGCGUCAGGCAGGCUGGGCGGGAGAUCUGGACUGAAGAACUUCAUCUGCCUGGUCAGUCCUUGCUUUAAGAGAGAAACUUACCAAAGAGCAAGGAGAUCUUGCAGGUUUCCUGGAAGCUGCCUUGGAGUGCAGAGAUGGAAAAGGAACACUCGGCUGGCCCUGCAGCAGGAAGGGACCCUCUUGCCAAACAUACUAAGAGCAGUGACCAACUCUGGCAAAGAACCGUGCAGGAGAUGAUGGGUGAGGAUGCCACCAGCUCAGCUGCAAAGUGCCACCAGCUCAGACAGUUCUGUUACCUGGAGACUGAGGGGCCCCGAGAACUUUGCAGCCAAAUCCACAGUCUUUGCUGUCAGUGGCUGAAGCCAGAAAAGCACACAAAGGCUCAGAUCCUGGACCUGGUGAUCCUGGAGCAGUUCCUGACCAUCCUGCCUCCGGAGAUGGAGAGAUGGGUCAGAGAAUGUGGAGCAGAGACCAGUUACCAGACAGUGGCCCUGGCAGAAGGUUUCCUCCUCAGCCAGGCAGAGGCCAAGAAGCAGGAAGAGCAGCAGGGCCAGAAGCCACCCAAAGUAGAAACUGAUUUCUCGGUGGCAGAGAUGGCUUCUUUGGACCAUGGAAAGAGGAGACCAUUCAGGUGGAUCAUGCAAGCAAGUGAAGGAGGUGCCACCGAGCUGGGUGAUGAAGUCACACUGGCUCUUCCAUCCAGGCCUUCUCUCUCUGGCAGAACAGAGAGAACAUCUGUGCAACUGGACCAGGGUCCAGUGACCUUUGAGGAUGUGGCUGUGUGUUUCAGGAAGGAGAAGUGGACUCUGCUGAAUGCAGACCAACCGACUCUGCAUUCAGAAGUCAUGGAGGAGAUCUGUGGGCAUCUGGCCUCUCUGGGUGAUGGAAGGGAGAGUGAGAAAAAGUGUGAACUGCAGGGUCGGAAAUGGGAAGCAAAAUAUCUGUGCGAGAAAAAAGCUGCUGCUUCUGAAUGCACCUAUGUCCCUGAAAUCCCAGUACAAACAAAGGAUUGCAGUGGAAAUGGAAGGAAUAAAAACCCUCAACAUGUUAAAAUCAUAAACAAUAACUCGGGCCUUCAGAAACUUCAAAGAAUUCUUACAGAUAAGAAAAAAUAUGAAUGCGGAAAGAAAUUUGGCUGCAAGCAAUAUCAUGUUUUCCAUCAAAGAAUGCACACCAGGGCGAAACCAUAUCAAUGUUCAAUGUGUGGAAAGAGUUUCCGUCAGCAAGGACAACUUAUUUCCCAUCAAAGCAUCCACACAAGAGAGAAACCAUAUCAAUGUUCAGUGUGUGGAAAGAGCUUCAGCCGCAGCUCACACCUUACUUGUCAUCAAAGAAUCCACACAGGGGAGGAACGAUUUAAAUGUUCAGAAUGUGGAAAGAACUUCAGCUACAUCUCACAGCUUACUUGUCAUCAAAGUAUCCACACAGGGGAGAAACCAUAUCCAUGUUUAAUGUGCAGAAAGAGUUUCCAUCAGCAAGGACAACUUACUUCCCAUCAAAAAAUCCACACAGGGGAGAAACCAUAUCAAUGUUCAGUGUGUGGAAAGAGCUUCAGCCGUAGCUCACACCUUACUUCUCAUCAAAGAAUCCAUGCAGGGAAUCAGCCAUAUCAGUGCUUAGAAUGUGGAAAGAGCUUCCGUUUGGGAAAGAACCUUAUCAGUCAUCAAAGAAUCCACACAGGGGAGACGCCAUAUCAAUGCUUAAUGUGUGGAAAGAGUUUCCGUCAGAAAGGACAACUUACUUCCCAUGAAAGCAACCACACAGGGGAGAAACCAUAUCAAUGUUCUGUUUGUGGAAAGAGCUUCAGCCGCAGCUCAUACCUUACUUGUCAUCAAAGAAGCCACACAGGGGAGAAACCAUAUCAAUGCUCGGUGUGUGGAAAGAGCUUUAAGGAGAUUUCAAAUAUUACUAAGCAUCAAAGAAUCCAUACAGGGGAGAAACCAUAUCAGUGUUCAAUGUGUGGAAAGAGUUUCCGUCAACAAGGACAACUUACUUCCCAUAGAAGAAUCCAUACAGGGGAAAAACCAUAUCAGUGUUCAGUGUGUGGAAAGAACUUCAGCCGCAAGUCACACCUUACUUGUCAUCAAAGAAUCCACACGGGGGAGGAACGAUUUAAAUGUUCAGAAUGUGGAAAGAACUUCAGCUACAUCUCACAGCUUACUUGUCAUCAAAGAAUCCACACAGGGGAGAAACCAUAUCAGUGUUCAAUGUGUGGAAAGCGUUUCCGUCAGCAAGGACAACUUACUUGCCAUCAAAGAAUCCACACAGGAGAGAAACCAUAUCAGUGUUCAGUGUGUGGAAAGAACUUCAGCUACAAUUCACAGCUUACUCGUCAUCAAAGAAUCCACACAGGGGAGCAACCAUAUCAGUGCUCAGAAUGUGGAAAGAACUUCCAUUCGGGAAAUAACCUUAUUGAUCAUCAGAGAAUCCAUACAGGUGAUAAGCCAUAUCAAUGCUCAAUGUGUGGAAAGAGUUUCCGUCAGCAAGGACAACUUACUUCCCAUCAAAGAAUCCACACAGGGAAUAAGCCAUAUCAAUGUUCAGUGUGUGGAAAAGGCUUCACCCACAGCUCACACCUUAGUUGUCAUCAAAGAAUUCACACAGGGGAAAAACCUUAUCAAUGCUCAGUGCGUGGAAAGAGCUUUAGGGAAAUGUCACAUAUUAAUAAACAUCGAAGAAUCCACACAGGGGAGAAACCGUAUCAUUCUUCAUAAUGCUGAAUGGACUUCAGCUAGAUCUCACAACUUGCUUGCAAUCAAAUAAUCCAGUGAAGGGACAGUCUUUAUCAGUACUUGUUCUCUGGGAAAAGCUUCAGUCAGAAGGGUAGCCUUUCUUGCUAUCAAAUAUCCACACAGGGUAGAAACCAUAUCAAAGUUUAGUAUGUGUAAAGAGCUUCCGCUGUCGUUCACAGCCUACUUGCUGUGAGAAAUCAUGUCAAUGCUCAGUGUGUGGGAUAAGCUUCCACCAGAGUUCAAACCUAAAGAUCAAAAGAGGAAAAGACUAUAUCAAGGGACUAUAUCAAUAGUAGGUAGCAUGAUGUACCUAGAUCGUGGAGACCCAGUUUCAGAUACCUCUAAGCCAGGAAUCUUGGUGGGUUAGUGUGAAAAGAAAAUGGAAUUUAGUCAUCCAACAUUUUAAAGAUAAGAAUUAAGAUGCUUUAAAUGUCUUUUUUUGCUUUUAAAAUCAUUCAAAUCGCCCAUUAAUGUGCCUACCUUAACUUAUGCACCAUAUAGCCUGUAACGACUUUGAACAGUUUUGUAUGUUAUAUUGUGCCUUGGUCUUUUAGCUCGUGAUUGGACUGAAGUGGAAUGUGCCCAGGCAGAAACCUAAUAGAUUCAUUUUCCCUAAUGACUUGCUAGAGAUACCCCAUGAUUUUCUUCCUGAUGCAUCUCCAGAAGGCACAGUGCUCCCACAAGUUCCACUUGUAUAGAUAUCCAACCAGAAAUGCAACAGUCCAGCCACAGUUACUGGAUUUUGUCUGAUGAAUCUUUUGAGGGCAUCUUUUUUGCUGACAGGUUUCCACCCCCUUAAGGGGUGCAGAAUCAGCUUUUCAAUUGAAGAUGAAAAUGUUUGUGAUUUACUCCUGUUCCUCUAUUUGGCUGAGCUCUGAAUGCAUUGGCUACUGCCCUGGUCGCCCGGUGUCUUCUCCUGUCCUUUCAUUUUUGGUCAGAGAUGCCACCUCUGUUUGCUUUGUUUCUGAGCAUAGAGCAUAUCUUGAUUACUGUAUCAAAUGUCGAUGAGUUCCACCGAUCAGUCAGGAAAAUAAACAGUAAUUGCUAUGCUGUUUUUUCAGUUUACAUGUGCUAUUAAAUUUUUCAGGUUUGAACAGA